AUGCCGCUCAUCGCCGCCAAGACCAUCAUCACCUCCAUCUCCCUCUUCCACCUCACCCUCGCCUUCUUCUUCCUCACCAACCCGCGCACCAUCGACGAGCAGGCCAUUGUCUUUGUCAUGGGCGAGAGCAUGGGCAUGCCCGCCGUCCGCGGCUUCGACGCCCAGUCCCCCGCCCUCGCCUUCCUCGCCGUCGUCCUCGCCCUCCUCGGCCUGAGCGACCUCGUCUCCCUCUCCAUGCCCGAGGAGCUCGGCGCACUCUACUACUGGGGCACCCAAGCGCCCCUCCGCUCCCUUUUCUCCAUGGCCCUCGUCUUCUACUCCUACUUCCUCGGCCCCUCGUCCCCCAUCUUCGGCACCGCCUCCCUCUCCCGCGCCGGCCGCCGCGCCGCCGCCGCCGGCGCAACCGGUGGCGUCGUCCCGCCCUCGACAUCGACCUCUUCCUCCUCGCCCGCGUCCGCGCCCUCUUCCAUCUACCGCCCCUCCGGCUGGGGCGGCGACGCCCUCAAGAACCGCGUCUUCUUCACCUUCAUGUUCCUCGAGAUGAUCACCUGGUUCUGGAUCUGGGUCACCCUGCGCGAGGAGCGCGCCGGCGUCGUCGAGAAGCUGCGUGCGGCCGGCCGCGCGGAGCGAAAGAGGGGCGUGCACGAGCAUGACGAGUAG